AUGAAAGUGUAUACGGAUCAGCAAGCAUCCACCUCACAAGCCACCGUCGACACCUCGAAAGGCCAUCACCGACGAACCUCCUCAUUAUGGGUACCCCCGUCGAGGCCUAUAUUCUCGAGCCCAACGCAAGUAAUUCGCGAGAAGGCCGAGACGGGUGGACGAAUUCUGAAGCGACAUCGGUGGACACGAUGGUUAUUCGGCAACGAUCCUGUAUUGCCAGCUUAUCGUGUUGUUACUCCGAACAACCAAGCUGAACCGCCACCAAGGUACGAACAUCCUAAUCGACGACAUGCAGACAAUAGAAUCAGUACUACAAAAUACAGCUUAUUGACGUUCUUACCUAAAAAUUUAUUAGAGCAGGUACAUUUCUUUUUUGCAAUAUGUUACAUCGAGCAGCCUAAUUUGUAUUUUAUAUUUAUUGUCGUUUUAAAUAUGAUAAUUGGAGCGUUUGGGAAGUACAUAUCAUUGAUGCCAAUCUCUUUCGUUCUCGGAGUCACAGCUAUAAAAGACGCUUUCGAGGAUUAUCGCCGAUACAAAUCUGAUCAAAAAGUCAACCACUCCACAUGUCGUGUUUGGGAUUCGAGCCAGGGAAGGUAUCGUAAAUUAGAAUGGAAACAUAUUCUCGUCGGAGAUUUUGUGCAUCUGUCACACGAUGAGAUCAUUCCUGCUGAUAUGCUAUUGUUGAGAAGCAGUGACGCUAAUGGUGAACCCUUUUUCAUUGCAUUCCAUUUCUUUUGUAGAGCUUAG